AUGAGUUCAAUACAGUCCACAUUAGAAGCCUUGUCAAGUGUCGACUCUUUGGUCGGCACUUUGAAAGCAUGUAUUUGGAAGCAAGACAAAAUUAUACGCGAGCAACGAGAGGAAAUAGAAAAUCUAAAGUCGCUGGUGAGAGAACUUGAAAAAGAAAGAAAGGAGCUCCGCCGACAGAUAGCCACAGAAAGGACAAAUAGUUCCAACUCUAACGUUGACGAAACAAAAACACCUGAUGAAAAGGACAGGUGAGGAAAGAUAUUCGUUUAGUGAAAUUGGAUAUCUUAAAAUAAUGAAGUGGUGAAUUGCUUUUAAUUCCUAAUCAGUUUCAUUCAUUCACGACCUUCCUCGCAUUUUUCGUGCAGAGAAAGUGAAAUUGUGUGAUGUGUUGUGCCCUUAAUUUUAAUCUUAUCUCCUUCGUGAUUUACUAGUAUUUUCGGUUUUCAUCCUUUCGAUCCGAUUUAAACACUUUUAAUAACUUUUGUAGGUUGGUUUCGUUCUGGGGACGUGGACACUUGAAUAUUUACACGAAUUCAAUGACAACACAUUCUGGAAACUGUCAUCAAAUAUUCUCCAUAUCUCGGCCAUUUAUGAAAUAAUUAAAAUAGAACAGCUAAGUUAAUUGUAAUUUAUAAAGAGGAGAAAGGCUUUUAAUAUAUAUGUAAUUUUGUAAUUGAAACCAUGCAGCCACUUCAAAACAAUAACAAUUUUGUAAUUAAUAAUAUUACAAUUCUUAAUUUUACUUCCAUAUGUUUAUAAUACACCUUGAGUCCAGAACAAUGUAGUUUUUUAGGAAAUUUUACUAAAAAUGUCUUGUAACCAUGUUUUACCUUGUAACUUGAUUACUUGAACAUUAAUAAUAUUAAAAAUUUUCACUAAAAUUAGCACCAUCAUUGAAGCAAGUACAUUAUGAAUAUUUUUUGAUAAACAAUAAGAAUGUGAAAGUGCAUUGUUGAGUUUCCAAUGAGCAAAAGGGAUUUUUGUUAUCAACACAGCUGAAAAGCUAGACAAACAAUUGCUUCUCACACUUCUUGAGUUUCUUACAAUUCGCAAGUGCUUACAUAAGGCAGUGUUUACACAAGAAAAGUUGGACUGACAAGAGUUUCUUAGUAGGGUGACUACUUGACCACUUGUGUCCAAUGUGACGACACCAACUCGAGUGGAUGAAUAUUCCAGUCCACCGAGGGGCUGAUUUCGUACCAAAAUGACUUGUUGCUCCCUAUUUACACAAUACCACAUAUAUGAGAUUUUGCACUGCAGCAAAAUAGCAAUUUGGUUGAAUUUGUGCUGGCAUAACAUUUUUUUUUGGUGGUAUGUUCAAAACAAAUACAGGGCUCCCAGAGGGACCUGUAUUGAACUCAGAAAAGUACAAAAGUUGCUGGCUGGUACCAUGUAAACACCCCUUAACUUGAUUAAGUGCCUGAGUAUAAAUUAUGGAGAUAUAAUGGGCUCGUUCUGACUGAUCAUAACAUGCACAUUUCGUUCAAGAAAGCCUAUAAAAGCAUUUUUAUACAUUGAAUUAAAAAGCUUGCUACUAAUGCAUUAUUAUUGAACAAUAUUAUCACAUGGGAUUGUUAAGAAGUUUCUGAGAUUCCUGCUUAUGCCCCUUACAUGUACAUCUCCUUAAUGUACUAAAUCUGAUGAAGUAUUCCUUUUUUCAGCAAAAUCAAGGAUUCCCAAAAGUCUUUUGAAACUCCAUCUGAAAGACUUCCUUCAACUGAAGGAAGUGAGAAUACUCCAGAAGUCUUUUCUACUCCAGAACCUCUGCGAUCUCCUAUAAUCACCAUUACAGCAGAACCUCCUGCAGGUACACCGAAAUCUGAAAAGAAAGACAUUUUUAAAACAUCCGUCAAACGGAAUGACAGCAUAACACGACAAAAGUCCUUUAACAGAAAAUAUGAACUAAGUCCUGAACUUCAAGAGAGGAGUGUGAUGUUUCUAGAGAGACAGUAUGGAGGAAAAUUGAAGGCGCACCACGCUGCUCGAGUCAUUCAAGCUUAUUAUCGUACAUACAGAAUGAACAAACAGUUUAAAAGGAUGAGAACACAUUCUUUUACACCCGGGAAGGACUCGUAUAGGUCAAAGUCUAAUAGUGAUCCUCGCUCUUCAGCUAUGAGCCCUGCAGCAGUUAAUUCUGAAAGUCAGGUCACUCCAGUGCUACGAAUAAAGAAGAAGAAAAGUGGUGAUAAGCGAGUCAAGUCAAUUCUUAUCAUAGAUAAUAUCAAUAGCUUCCCUGGUGGAGAGGUCCAAAGGUAUAGCACUGAAUUUCUUCCAAGCGAUCUCACCUCUAUCUUUACCAGUAUGACACCACAGAGCAGUGAUGCAAAGAGUGAACAGAAAGAAUUGCCUGAUGAAAAGGCCAAUGCAAGACUAGGAAGUGUUACCAGUGAAACAGAACAUUAUGUCAAGGUUGAAAUUGUGGAUAAUGUUGAAACACUACCAAGCGAUGCAGGUGAUGUCUCUAACCAAGUUCCUAAUGGGGAUCUGUGUAAAAGUUCACGGAGGGAAACAUUUCAUGAAGAUGGCUCUGUAAUUGAGAGUGAUGAAUCAGGUAUGAUUAUAACAUAUAAAAUAUUAAAACACCAAAAUAAAAUGCCACUACUUUUGCUCCUCUUUACAGGACUUAUCUUGUACCAUAGGUAAAAUCUAUUCUCAGGCUAAACCAGAAUUGCCAUUGUCUUGUAUGAAUAAUAAUGGCUAGGAAACAAACUAAGUUGAGUACUGGUUUAACCUGAGAAGGGUUUUUACCUGCAACAGUAAACAUGUGAAAUAGAAUGUAGUGGCUUUUACUGUAGGGACAGAGCAAGAUUGAUAGUGAGGCUGGAGGGGCUGGUGGGUACUUACAAGGAUGAUCAUCCUGGAGGUAGGUCAGGGGCCAAAAUUUUUCCGGCCUCCUUGACUCAGAAUCGUGCUCAUUCUAGUAAGGUUUGAAAGAUCUCUUUACCUUGAACAAGUUAGCUGACAAAGUUGUCCUUGAACAUUAAAACUGAUGAUGUCACAAGUGAUAAAAGGAAUGUGGACCUUCACUGGCGGUGAUGGGUGGUUCAGGGGUGAAUGGGUUACAAAAAAUAGUGAUGCAAAAGCAAAUUAAUUCUGGAUAGAAAUAAUUUGAAUGCCAUUAGUUUACAGUGGUUCUUUCAGCAACUGAUCUUGAAACAAACAGAGGUUUUUUUGGGAAAAUCCCUCAAAAGUCUCUGAUAAAGGUUGGAUUAAAAGAGCUUAACAAAAUGUUGCAAAUUUUGCAAAGAAGUCAGCAUGUGCUUCAAAAACAGGUCAUUAUUUAAGUAAGGAUUAUGACUAAUCAACCAUCUAAUAAAGCCAGCCCCGCCCAUUUUCAGUCCUUGUAUGCUGUUGGGAGUAGAACAAUGGAUAGCUUAUAGGUCUAUGUGAUAUCUUGACGUGAAGUGAUCCCACUGGACUUUGUUAGUCAGAAAUAUAAAAAAAAUAUCACGGUGGCAUCUCACUUUCCAAGAGCAAUCUAAAAAUUAAAAAUGUAUAUUAACCGGUAAUAAAAUACAUCUAUAGCUUUAUGGAUUAAUUUACAGUAUUUUUGAGAAUUGUAGGAUUAUGAUGAUAUUUUGAGUAUGACAAGACAACGUUUGAAAGCUUAUAGCUUAGAAUGGGAAGCUCCCCCAACCAACACAGGAUAAUCAAAGCUUUUUUAAAUGUCUCUUCUGAAUUUUGUCUUUGAAUAUUAGGAGAUGAGAUGACUAGACGAGAUCUCAGUAGUGUAGACAGUCUUGAUGGACUCUGUCCCUCUUCUGGUCUUGCUAGCACAGAUGACGACUCCUUAAGUCUUUGCUCAGAGUUUGAACCCAAACCUCAGAAGCUGGAAACUAGGAUUGGCAUAAAUCAUUUCAACAGGUACAUGUAUAAGAUCUAUUGGCAUUCACUCAUAAUAAUUAGCCUUUGGACUGCUGUUAACUCUCCCGGCUAAUCUGGGAGACUGCAGAUUUUGGACCGUAUCUCCCGGUCUCCAGAUUAGAGUAUAAAGUCUCCCUGAUAAUCGCUGAAGUUUGCCAUUUCUUCAGUGGACUUCACUUUCCAACAGUAAAAUUUCAACUAUUUUGCAUUGUUUGAGCUAUUUUAUUGUUAACACCAAACGUUUCCUUAUAAACUCUGGUAUGCCAUUGUAAUAUAAGCAAUAAUUUGAUUAGUGGGAAGUAAGUGAAUCAAGUCAAAUGUUACAAUGCCAACAACAUCUUUUUUGUGUGUUUUGUGUCAUCACAAAUUUGUGACGAUCGGAGUCAAGAAAUGUUUUUUGCUCAAAUGACAUCAUGUGCUGUGCGUUAUGAUGCCAUCUAUCAUCCCUUAUCAAUUCUCAAUCAUAUUAUUUGAGGACAUGGAGGUUCGACGACCCUGCCUCUGUGGUAGCAUAGCAUGAUUUGGCUAUAAUUCAAAUCCACAAUUAACAACCUUGCACCUCAGACUGGCACCCUGCCAUUAAGCUAUCCAGGAAGUUGCUUUGAAAUUCAACCAGUUAUUUCAAAGCAGUCUGAGGUGUAAGGCCAUGGAUUUGAAUUCCAGCCAAAUCAUGCUAACAAUAAUCAAUGACACAUUUGUACAGAGAAAUUUUAUUUAUGUGGCCAGCAUCUAUGCUGGUUUAUUGGAACAAAAGAAAAUGUUUCCAUAAGUUUAGAGUUAGUUGGUACACCGACAUAUCCACCAUUUCAUUCUUCUGGAACACCAUCAUGGCUACCAUGAUGUCAUGUGAAAACACUCUAUAUAUAUAACUCAUGAAGGCAUGGUAACCAUGAAAUAUCGCAAUUGAAAAAUGUAGCUUGUAAAAUUCAGUUUGUUGGAGUAAAAUUAUUUAAUCCCUGUCUGUAGUGUCAUGUUUUGCCAUCUUUAGACACCCUCCUGUAGUGACUGUUUGUGAAAGGUCAAAAUUAAAUUGAGGAUAACAUUUUUAAACCUUGGUCAAUUCUCAAUUUCCUCAGUUUGCUAGCCCCAAUUACUCGUGGGUUAGGCUAGAAGACAUAGGAAGUUAGAAUCUACCGAGGUUUUAAAAAAUAAAUGACCUGAAUUUAAUCUUUGACAUAAUAUAUAGCCUAAGUCAGGACUUCAAAAUUAAAAAAAUCCCUAGGUUGCCUUUUGGCGACCAACUGGAGAGAUGCAGUUGCCAGAUGCAAACAUUUAGUCAUCAGUUUGUAUAAGGUAAAUGAUGCAGCUCAUAGUGGAGUGCGACCCAUCAGAUGUGAUUGUUUGAAAAUAUUGUGGACAGAAGUCUGUAUUGUUUGUUUUAACUUUACUCUUUCAAUUUGGAUCUAAAUCAUAGAGAAAUCUGGUCACCAAAGUGGCGACUGAACCAGAAUUUUUAGUCGGCAAGGAGAAAAUGUUAUUGUUAGUCGCAUUGGUGACCGUGUCGGUCACAAUUUUGAGCCCUGUAAAUGCAUCUGAUCAUAAUAUUUCUGUGUCGUUUGUGCUACCCAUACAGGAAGCCAGAGAAAGGUAUCAACUACCUUGUUACCCAUCAAGUACUGGAAGAUAACCCUGAGAUGGUAGCAAAGUUUCUGUUGACAGAACCAGGCAUUAGUAAACAGAAACUUGGAGAAUAUCUUGGAAAUUUGCAAAAUGAAUUCAAUAUGGAAGUGUUGAAGUAAGUACUUAACAAUACGUUUGUGUGUUUUUCCUCCUCUGGCUUUUCUUAUCUCUAAAAUGAUGACGUCUUUGCCCAUGGCGUUAAUUAGCACUAAGGUUGCUGGGGCUGAAAAAGGAAUCGAAGGAUCCUGUCCUUUUGUCCUCAUAAUCUCUUAAGUUUUGGUGUCAAUGUGAAAAAAUGAUAAGUUCAGAGUUUUGCUCAGUAUUUUGGUUGUAACUUUUAUCUCUUAAAAAUUAUUGUUUCAUUUGCAACAGGUACUUUGUGGAAAACUUGGAUUUUACUGGCAUGGAGGUUGAUGAAGCUCUCAGAGUCUAUCAGACAUGCUUUAUCUUGCCUGUAAGUCUGCUACUAAGUAUAUUUUAAUUGCAUAAACUUCUUUCUGCAGAAAAGGCCCUCGUACAAGUAGCAGUUAUAGCAUGGAUUGAAAGGAGGUUGGACAAUGUUGGACAUUAUUAUAGGGUUUAGUUUAAGAUUGCUGGAAGCAGCAUUCAAACCACCCUUCUCCUCUUUCCAUUAACAUUAAUUUCAAUGAAACUCUUAAUUGGAUAUUAAAUACAAUGUAUGCUGUUUUACCUUUUUUCAAAGGGUGAAGCUCAGAAAAUUGAGAAACUUAUGCAAGUAAGUCAUAAUUAAUCAUUUGAAAUAAGUAAAUUUAGAAAGAGCUGUCUCUCAUAAGCAAAUUAAUGCUCCAGAUUUAUUUUAUAAUCCAAAAGAGAAAAGCAAAAAUCAAACUGUUUGGGAAAGUUCAUUUAAUAUGACAAGGGGGGGGGGAUGAAGAUAUUGAAACUCGAAGCUUGAAAUUUUAGCAGCCCCCCUCGCUAGCGGUUCAAUUUUUUAGAGCCCCCUCCUUGGUAGAAAUUUCAGAGCCCCCACCCCUCCUCCUUCAAUUCCUUUGCUCCCCUGAAAAAGAUCGUUAGACUGUAUUAAAUAUAUUUACCGUUAUUGUCUUCAAUGGUUUAUACUAUGACAAACUUGAGAUACAGUUGUGAUACAAUUUUCUAAAGCAUUUUUGGGAUGAACAAGAGUGUAAUAAUUACUGAGACUACAUUUGUUAUAUCUGUAAACCACGUGAUAUAGCUGAGUUGCACAGGUCAUUAAAUUGUUGAGUUGAAAACCAUCGGAUCUGUAUGAUGAUGUCAUGUGUUGGUUUUGAAGUAUACAAAUUUCGGAGCCCCCCUCCUAGCGCAACAAUUUUUUUCAGAGCCCCCCUUCAGGUGUCUAAAAAUUUCGGAGCCCCCCCUCAAUAUCUUCAUCCCCCCCCUUGUCAUAUUAAAUGAACUUUCCCUUUCUAAAAGUUUUAAAGCCCAACUGGUUGUUUUCUGCUUGGGCCUGGGAACAAGGUUUGCAGAGUUGAUGGUAUUAUUUAAUCCUGUAGUUUUCCAUUUAUCUGUGCAGGAUCACGUAUCUUUAUGGCAAUUAAACAUUCUCGGCUACUUUUUUAAGGUGGUGUCUUUUGUUUAUAUUACCUUUGAAAAUUGCCAUGUGGCUGGGCUUGUCCUUGCAUAAUGUUCUCAUCUAAAUCUGAAAUAUCUUAAAUUUUUGUGAAACCUUGAUUUUAGGAAUUUUUUAGGAAUGGAGCGCAUUUUGGUUUUCAUGACAUAAAUCGUAAAGGAAAGAACUGAAGUGCAUUUGCUUGAGGGAAUAUAUAUAUUUUUGUUUACACUUCUCAGUUAACAUUAAUGUUCGUGAUGCUUGGACCUGUUUUAGUACAGUUUGUCCUCUGAUAUGGCAUUCAAAACCUUUAUUUUCUUGCUACAGUGUUUAACUGUUUGUUUAUUGUUUGCAGGAUUUUGCGGAGCACUACGUCAACUGUAAUCCCUCAACUGAGAAAGGAGCAGUGGAUGCAAUCCUUAUUUUGGCCUUUGCUAUUGUCAUGUUGAACACAGAUCUGCAUAGUCCAAAUGUGAAAAGAAGAAUGACUGAAAUGGACUUUAUCAAUAACCUUAGAGGUAAAAGUUUUUUAAAACUAAUGGUAGAGUACUUGAAAAAUGUUUGCUCUUAUGGGGUACAUUAUUUCAGGGCCCUGUUCUAUACUCUGUUGAAACUCACAAGAAUAAAUUAACAGACUCUAGUUGAGCGUUUUGUACAUUUUAAUACAAAAUACAAUUUAGUGGCAAAUAUGCAAAACAGCCCUAAAUGUGUUGUCAUGGAAACAAGGUACAUGGUUGAUACUGCAUCACAAGAGUUGCCCAUUGAAGAAAAGACAUUUUUGAAGUUUGCCUUCUCCUCUGCUUUAUUUUUUUUCUCAAACGAUGCUAAUGGCACAAGUAACUUUGCCGAUUUUCUUACAAACAUGUGUAUUUCUAACUGUGUGAGAAGUGUUUUUUUUUUUUCAAACCAUGGUUGGCUCUAUGUGAAGUGGACUUUUGUUGACUUUUGUUAUUGUGACGUAUCAAAUUGCUAUUUUUAACAAUUAUGUGGGUGGUCAUUUACCCUUGGCUUACAAAUUAUUGCUAUAAUAAUUACAGACCGACAUGAAUUCAAAUUCUGGCUUGUGAGUGUUUUUUUUUCCCUUUCAUCGUCUAUUGUUUUCGUUGUUUGUUGUUGUUUUUUUUAUUUCUCCUUGUUUUUAUUGUUUAUCAUGCCUCUUAAACUUGUUAAACUACAAACACAAAAAAACUGUUGGACUAGUCAUUAUUCAAAGAGUUGUGAGGGGAUGCAGUAUUGAAGGGAGACAGAAGACAGUUAGUAAUUCACUUGUCUCUAUUUCUGAAAUAAAGGCUAAUCUUUGACUCAGUGCUUUUUGAUUUUUUCAUUGUACAUGUAUAUGUUGUGGUUCAAAUUUAAUCUUUGGUUUGAAUUUUUUUAAUUUAGGAACCAAUAAUGGCGGAGAUUUUCCCCAGGAAAGCCUUCUAGCAAUCUACAACAGAAUAAAGAAGGUACAAUAUUUAUUAUAAUAAUAAAGAUUAGCGGCUGAAUAAUGAGAUCACCUACAGUGUAUAUACCGUAAAAUUCCAAAAAUAAGCCCCUAGGCUUAUAUUUUUCAAAGGCCCUUUUUGAGGGGCUUAUCUAUGGAGGGAAAUUUGCAUUUCAAAAUCAAUUGGGCUAGUCAAAUAGUUGGAAGGAAACUUGCCAUUUUUGCUUUGUUUUACUUUGUAUUUGAGGGCAAUUUUCAAGCACAAGCCCCGGGGAGGGGGAGGGGGGCUUAUAUUUGGAGGGGCAAUUUAAUGGAGGGUUUUUUGCGGUACGAGUUUGGGGGGCUUAUAUUUGGAGGGGCUUAUACAUGGAGGGGCUUAUUUUCGGAUUUUUACGGUGAUCAUAAUAAAAUUUGUUAUUAUUUUGGAUGGCUGGCAGUCCUUUAAGCAUCUUUAUCGAUAAUGUUAUCAUACUUGACUGCUGUUUUUUUUGACAAAUAGUAGACUUAGGGACUUGUCGGAAAUUAGCAGGGGGGAGGGGGGUUGAAACAGAGGGAGGGUCACAACUUUUUGAGACUCAGAAAAGGGAGGAGUCAUAAAAAAUGGGCCCUUAAAAGGGGGAGGGUCAUGCAAAUGUAUGCCCGUGAUCAUAUAGAGGUUCGCCCACAGAAGGAAAAUGAAGCUCUUUGUCUGGUAAAAAAAACUGGGAGAAAUAGGAGAGUCGAGUGAUCAGCUGUCAGAAUCAGAGUCGGACUUUUAAUGCUGUGAUCUAAAAUGUAUAUAUAUAGCAUUACAAAGAACAGAUUAGAAAUAUAUUUUGAGUUUUCAUAAUACUGACUCACCCUAGUGUAUUGCAAGAACUAGAUUUUGUCAUUUAUACAAGAGGGGGAGGGUCUUGAUAUUUUAGGCCAAGCUUAAGGGGAGGGUUAGCAAAUUUCACUCCCAUUGCAGGGAUGGGUCACCUAUUUCCGAACCCAAAUUUAAAAUUCCCAACCCCCGCUCCCCCCUGCUAAUUUCUGACAAGUCCCUUGCUGGGGCACCAAUGUUUAACCUAAAUCCUUAAGCAUUUGAAAAUAGGUUUAUCUUGAUGGAAUCAGUUGACACUUCUAACUUAUUUUUAUUUCACAGAAGGCAUUUGUGACUGGCAAGGAUCAUGUCAGUGCUGUUCAAAAGCUUGCCAAAAAAAUUGUGGGAACCAAAUCACCUUGGACAGUAAGCUGCUGCUAGCUUAUUCUUUUAUCAACUUAUUAUUUUAUUGACUGUAAACUCUGUUGUUUCUUGGCUGUUUUUAUUCAUACUGUUGUUGUGUUUAGACAUUAGCAGCCCUUCACAGACAGCUCAGAAUGUUAACUCCCCUCUACAUCAUACGUGAUCCAAACAAGAAGGAAAAACCUCAUCCAAGAACUAUCUUCCUCUUCAAUGAUAUGCUUGUUGUAAGUAUGCACCAGUCAGGGUUAUUCUGUCCUAUCAUGAAAUUACAAACAAUAUAAAUUGUAUGGCUUGUUUGUUUUGUUUUUAGGCUGCCAAGGAACGUGGCAGAGCUGGUCGUUCAGAAGGAAUUCAUUAUUACAGCUUUAAGCAGUCUUUUUCUUUGUGUGGGCUUAAAGUUACCACUUUUUCCAAUGACUGUAAGUUGUUGAUAUUUUCUGUCCAUGAUGCACCUUCAGUUUCUAUUUUGCACAUGUCUGUCCAGCAAUGUUCUUUGCGGAACAGCAUGCAUAUUAUGGACGAAAAAAGUCUGUAAAGCUUAAACAAAGGAAGCCUGCAUAUGAAUGCUGUUCCCAGCGCCGUAUUUUGCUUACAUCUAAAGAAAAGGAGAACCUUUGGUAUGGCAGAGGUGCUAGAUAGAUAGCCCAGCAAUGAAAUUCUUCUUGGAAGCUGUAUGUAAUUUCUGGCCACACAGUUUUAUAUAAGAUUAAUCUCUCUUUAUUUUUGUUUACAGAUUAUGCAUUUGGAAUUCAAAUAUAUUCUAAGCUGGAUAGCAAGGUAUUUGUAGUGUAUGGAGAGAUUUUUAUUGCCUUGUAUCACAAAUGUGGCUUCCAUGCACCACAAUUUGGUUUGGACCAAGUUGGUCACUGAUGGAACAUGACUGAAAAAUUGUGCAGGGGCUGGAAGAGAGGUGUCUGAUCUGUCUGGUUAGGAGAGAGUUAACUGUAUGUCUUCCCCCUUCCCCCAUUGUCAUCAUCUGUUCAUAAUCCACCUUGAAUUAACCGUGGGUCAAAUUGAGUUGACUUGAGAUUGAUCAUUCCAUCCUAGUUGUACUCAGUUGUGCUUCAGUGUUUUACCAGUUGCAAUUUUUUUAUAGAUUCUUGCCCACUUCAAUGCAAGAGAUGAACAAAUAAGAAAGGUGUUCUUCGAUGAACUUCAGGACUGCAUUGAGGAGGUACUGUGUACAUGAAUACUACACAGCAAUUUUCUAGUUAAUGUCAAUAUUAUUAAGGGCCGCAUAAAACUUAAUAGUCUGAAAUGUCAACCAUCUCCACCCCUGAACCCAUGGGGGGACUGGGGAUGGGGGGAGGGGGGUGGAGAUAGCUGACAUUUCAGACUAAGAACUUAAACCUUAGAAGAAAUUAUUAAUAUAUUGAUUUUGCCAAAGAGAAUAGAUGCAGGCUACAAAAGAACCAAUCGGAACGAAAACAAAUACUGUGCUAAGUAUUAUUUUUUAAACGUUGGGGAAUUGCACAGUUUUAGAUUUGUUGUUGUAGAAAUAGUUUAAGAAAAGUGCUUUUGUCUGUUUCAACUUUAUGUUGCAUGAAUUAUUCAUUGUUUGCACAAUCUUGAAAAAGUUUUGAAUUUUUAUUAGUCUUGAAAAUUCCUUGAAUUCGGUUAAGGUCCCUUAAAAGUACUUGACUUCUUUAUUAGAUCUUGAAAAAUCCUUGAAAUUAACUACUUUGUUUACACCACACCAUUUUCCAGCGCGCAAGGAAAGUGGUGUCAGAUAGCCUGGGGCUAGUGGAUUUUGCUACCGGGCUAGUGAUUUCUAUUCUUUACUUGCCUGAUGGGCAAAUGAAGUUUUUUGGGGGAAUUCAAAUUACAGAAGAACUGUAACCAAUGCUCAUCAAUUUUUCGGGCUAGUUGAAAUGACUUUUGGGCUAGUGCGUGCUAGCUACAGCUUUCCCGAAUGGCAAGCUGUAAAACUGACUUUCUUUGCGAUUUUCUGUAAAAAAUAGAUCAUUUUCCUGUAGAAAAUUUGGCUCAUCCUUGGUGUAAGAACCUGCAAAACUCACAAGUAGUGUAAAAACAUUUUAGUGCAUUCAGAAUAUUUUAUUUCUGUUUCUAACAAUUCCAAAUGCUAUUCCUGUCCCUAAGGUGCAACUGCAAGUCAUACCCUGUAACUGUAGUCAUUUUGCAAAGUGUUGUUACGAAGAGUAGUGUAAAGUAAUGUGAUCAACCAUGGCUGAUCCUAAAUGACUCCCUUGAGUGUUUUAGCUGAUAAGGCGUUCAAAAUGGGGUCAAAGAAUGCCGAUUUAUUGAAUAAAUCCUGGUCCUUGAAAACUGUAAUUAAUCCUUGAAAUAUCCUUGAAUUUUGUUCUCCGUAAGUUGUACAAACCAUGUUAUUCUCUGCCCAUGUGAGCAUGUUUAUGGUGGAUCAUUUUUUCUUUCAGACAAAUGAAAUGGAGAGUGACAGAAUAAGUAAGUGGAAGAGUUCUUUAUUUUCAAUUUUCUUUAGGGUAAUUUUGUAGACUUCUGGAAUAUUUCUCUUUUUUGGCUGAUGUGCAGGUCUACCACUGCAUUAUGGUGACAGUGUUGGGAAUCUGCUGAGAAUUCAUAAUCAAUCAUUUGAAUUAAUCAAAUUGACCCACCCGGUCUAUCAUGGAUUAAAAUAAUAGAAAAACCUUGUUAUAAGAAAAUUUUCCAUGAAGGGUGGAUGCUUUGCCAUGUUUUAGAACACGACAAAACAAUAUGAAGCGUAUCAGAAAAGGGACCUUAGUGGAUUUGACCCUACUCGCUAUAGAUUUCCAGUAGCUUAGUAGAACUUGGAGGAUCAUGAGUUAGAUUCUUGCCUGAAGCUUGACAUUUUCUGUGCUUUCGGGUGAUGAGAUUCUCUCUCAACCCACAAGUUUUUAAUAAUGUGUAUUUGCGAACAAAACAAUUUUUUGCAUCAUAAUCAAUUGAACGUUAUUCAUAGUCUGUAAUUCCAAUGUAUUAUAAUAUUAUAUUUUGAUCUGUGAUUGAUUAUAAUUGAUGAUUAGCACAUCUGAUUCACUAGUCAUAAAAACUCUCAUAUUAUACUUGAUUUUAACAGCAACAGAGAAACAAAAGCAUCUUGGUGCAAGAUUCAACAGAUCUGGGGUAGAUCUAAGUCGUUCAUCUUUGACGUUACCCAAGAAACUAAAGAAGCCUACUCCUGACACCAUUAGUUUGAUUGACAGUUCCAGUUCAAUGGAGUCCCUGAGUACAGCUGGUCUGUUGGGAUCCAAACAACUGUCUAGUUCUCUGUUAAACAUCAAUGAAAACACUGGUAUGUUUGACCUUCUUUCACUUGUAAUCUGAUCACAUGCAUUGUGACCCUGUAUCACUCAAAUGGUACACAAAGCACAGCAUUGGAGCAAGAGCGUUUCCAUCUAUCCUGCCUGCACUCCCCUACCUUUGGUUAUUACUAGUUUCUAGGCAUCAUAUUUCCCCAUAUGGGGCUUAAUAGGGUGGUGGUGAGAUGAAUGACUCCUGGAAAUUUUUAACAAGUGAGGUACAGACUUAUCGUUCCAAUUCUUGGAGUCCACAAUAUCCUCAUUUUGCUAUUAGAUUAGAAAAGGAUAAUCUGAAGGAAGCAAACUUGGCACCCAUUUUGUCACUCAUAUUGAAGCACACAGGUAGCUAGCCCAAGCUUCUUGGGAGAUGUCAACUUGAAUUAUUGUGAGAUUGCAUAACAUCAUUUCAUGAAAAUGGGUUAUUCCAGAAAAAAUCCACACCCCCCCGACGGAUGGGGUCCUUUUUUAACCCCCCCUCUCACCUGGAUUUCCUGAAGCACAAGACCCCCCCUCCCAACUGGAUUUCCAAGGUGGAAGACCCCCCCUCCCGCCUGGAUUUCCGGGAAAAAAUAAAAGGCUUAAAUUUAAUUUAUUUUUAAUGGAAAAUACACGCAAACACGUCUAAAUGUUUUUGUUUUAAUUUCUAAAGCUUCAGCUUAUAUUAAACUAAGAAUUCUAUCGCGUGGAACUAAAAACGAAAGGAGCAAAAAACAAAAAUGCGAACAACACCUGAACGAGUGUUUACAUAAUUUCUUAGCUUAUAAAAAUCACUCUUCGCUCUUCGCGCGCGGGCUCUGGGUACGAGUAGAAAUGUGUCAGGCGUUUGACGCUCUUCGUGACAACAACGUUGCGACGAGUUCCUUCAGGCCCGUUCUUUAGUAUCUUGUUCGCGUUUUCUGCUAUAAAAGGACCUGUAAAGCAACUUAGAUUAUCAUUUAUGUCAGGUGAGAAAUAUAUGAACAAAACAUUUUGACUAUUUUCAGGGUCUGAAAGCGCUUAAGUGUCAUCGAACUAAACGUUUGAUUUGUAUCAACUAUCGGUCGAAAUGACCCCUGCAGAAGACUUUUUUAAGGUCAACCCCCCCUCCCGCCUGGAUUUCCGGAGUCUUCGACCCCCCCUCCCGCGAGAAUUUCCAGAAUCCCAUCCGUCGGGGGGGUGUGGAUUUUUUCUGGAACAACCCAAUGUAACAACAACUUUUUUAACCUUCUUCCCAGUUGUCCAACUACUAGUUUAUUAUAUAGCUUACCUUAUCUUAGAUAAACUUGUUUCCUUGUGUUUCAAGGACAUAUAAGUAUUUGAAUUUUUUUUUUGCUUCCUAGAAUUUACCUCAGAGCUCAAGAAAAGCAGUAGUAUAUCAUCUCUAGACAGUGCUUUUACUGAUGGAGUAAGUCUGUUAAAAUUUGUUCCUUUUAAUAUCAAAGAUUUGAAUUUCUAAUCUUAAGAGUGUGGGGGGAGAGGAUGGGGUUAGCUUAGCCUUAGAGAAUCCCCACCCUACCAUGGAGAUGUGGUUCAAAUGAGAUUAAAUCUCUUACCCUAACUACGUGCCGUUGCUUCGUGUAAGUAUAUUUUACAUGUAUGUCCCCUUGCUUUGUUAAACAAAACGGAAACACUGAGAAAACAGCCAGCAUUUCACAAUGCCACCAUGAAAUGACAUCUGAGAAAUGAGUGCAGAAAUACCAUACUGAUUGUAUGUCACUACCCAGAUCAGGGUAGUGCUUCUGAUUGGUUGAGGCAAAUUUUUAGCCAAUCAGAUGCACUACCCAGAUCUGUGAAGUGUUGCAUCAUCAGUACAGAAUUGGUGGUGUUGCAAAAUAUCGGCUGUUUUCUCACUGGGCUAUGAUAGGUUGAAACAAGGCCAUGACAAUAACAACAAGAUGGAGCCUUUCUUAGUUAAACUAACCAACUAUAUAUCCUUGGAUUUAAUCAAUUUAUUGGCUUCACCAUUUUAUCUUUUUUAAAACAGAAGAAUGUUAUGCUGAUAGACUCGUGAAUCUUUAAGUAACGUUAAGUAUAAUAAUGCUAACUCUUUACUAAUCAUUUAACGCAAAACAGUUAAUAAACGGAGGUCCUGGAAAGAUUGAAAAAUUUGGUGGCAAGACUAAACGGGAGAAAGGAAAGCGAAGAAAAUCUGAAUCUAAAGACACAGUGAGCAUGAGUCGACUUCUACACAUUGGGAGUGAGUAUAAG